AUGUCCAACAGCACAACCUCCUACUCAUCGAUUGAUACCGUAGACGUCGUUGUCAUUGUUUUAUACUUUUUAUUUGUAUUUUCGAUAGGUCUUUAUUCCACCAUUGUUUCGGGUGUGAAACGAUUUUUGAAAUAUUGGAGAGAACGGAAAAAUGGUCGUCAUAUGAUUGUUGGUGAUGAAGAUGACCCUUAUCGAGAGGUUGCCAUGCAACCCAUUCCAUCCAAAGAUUCACUCAUGAUGACGGCCAAUGAGACUACGGAGACCACCCAUAAAAAUGGGCACAGCAUGAGUGACAUGACUGUUGGCGUCGUGGAUGACGAUGACAAUGAAAUUGCAUUGAAAGAAGUGGAUUUGGGAUUUGAACAACGACCAACACAGAAUUCAGAUGUAAUAUUGGCAACUAAGCCUACCACUACUACGCAACAGGAACCUUCGAAUGUGGAAAGUGACGAAGAAGCUCAAAAUGUGAAAAAAGGAUCAAAGAAUUUCUUUUUAGCAGAUGGAAAUGUUGGAUUUGUAGCCAUUGCAUGCUCUCUUUUUGCGUCCAAUAUUGGCGCUGAACACAUUUUAGGCUUGUCUUCUUCAGGAGCCUCUAUUGGAUUAGCUGUUGGAAUGGCUGAAGUUUAUAGUCCAAUUUGGAUUUUAGUGUUGGGAUGGCUUUUCAUACCGUUUUAUUUGAAAACUCAAGUUUUUACAUUGCCAGAAUUUAUUGAAAAACGAUUCGAUCGAACUUGUCGAAUGUAUUUGAGCAUGAUGUCACUUGUGAUGUAUGUCAUGACCAAAAUUAGUGUUUCAAUUUAUGCUGGAGUAGUUGUAUUUAAGGUCUUGCUAGGAUGGGAUGUUUGGAUUUCUGCAGCUGCUGUAGUUAUUUCGACUGGUAUUUACACAAUAUUGGGAGGUCUUUCCGCUGUGAUUUAUACCGAAGUUUUACAAACCUUUGUCAUGAUUAUUGGCGCUACCAUUUUAUUUGUACAAGGUAUGAUCAAAGUUGGAGGAUAUUCAGGUUUACAGAAGAAUCUUCCAGACUCUAUGAUGCAUUUGUUCCAGCCUCCUUCUCAUCAUGACUUUCCUGUGACUGGAGUGUUAUUUGGAAUGACUUGGACAUCGAUGUGGUAUUGGUGUACCGAUCAAUCCAUUGUGCAACGAGCACUCGCUGCCAAAGACUUGGCUAAUGCCAUUAGAGGAUGUGUUUUGGCUGCCCUAAUCAAGUUUUUACCUCUAUUCCUAAUGGUGAUUCCAGGAAUGAUCGCUCGAGUUUUGAUUCCAGAAGUGAAAGAUGAUCCCAACUCGGCCUACAUUUUACUAAUUACAAAAUUGGCUCCUCCUGGCCUGAAAGGUCUCUUACUCUCGGCUAUUAUUGCAGCCUUAAUGAGUUCGUUAGCCUCAUUGUUUCAUUCUUCAUCGACCUUAUUUACAAUGGACUUUUAUCGAGUCGUUCGAGAGUAUUUUGAUAAAAGAAGAAUUAUGAAAAAUGCUCAGCCAAUAGUGUCCACCACACCACGCGAGAAUGCUUCUGGAACCAUCCCAGCUGAUCCUAAUACUGUAGAGUUUGACCUUCCAAACAGGAAUACAGAGUAUGUGGUGGUUGGAAAGCUCGCAGGAGCUGUUGUGACAGUGAUUGGAUUAUUAUUCAUUCCUGUGGUGCAAGUAUUGUCGAAACAGCUCUACAUUUAUACCCACAAGAUUAUGGGAUAUUUGGCAGCUCCAAUUGCUGUAAUUUUCCUCAUGGGAGUGCUAUUCAAGUCACCCAAUCAAUAUGGAUGCUUAUUCACUUUAAUUCUAGGUAAUACACUUGGAUUGGCUCGCUUGUUUUUAGAAGCCCUCUUCAAUGGCACUUCGUUUAACAUGUACCAAUUACCACCUGUGGCUCGGGUCAUACUUGAUAACUAUAUUCAUUCAAACUUUCUCCAUUUCAGUGCAUGUAUGGCUCUCUUUUCGAUCAUUUCACUUUUUGUAGUGUCAUGGAUUACUGGUUCAAGCUCUCCUGAAAAGACUGAACAAUUGACCUUGAAUUAUUCCCAAAUUAUUCGAUCAGCAAGAGAAUUCAUAUCACAACAACAAUCCUUUAGUACCGCUUUGAAAGAAAAUUCUGGUCACGUAGUGAAUGUGAUAUUUACCAUUGUUGUACUCAUGACAUUGUUUACGUUGUAUAUCAUUUUUAGAUAA